CCCUGUUCCGACUCCGACACCGAUUUGUUGUCGAUCCAAAUAGAGAAUCCAGAUCGAAAACCAAUCGCCGCUAAAUCUCCAUUGUAUCGAUGCCUCUAUUUAGUCGCAGGGUAGCCCGCCCCACACAACACCAUCGAGCUAAAUUAAUUCUUCUCCGAGCGAUGGCUAGGAAGGAUCUGUUCUCUCGCCGGCGGCAGCGCGCGGCCUGCGACGAGGACCGCCUUAGUGCCCUCAAUGGUCAACUCCGCCAGGAGCCUGUUGGCUAGCCAAGCCCACCGGCGCGUGGGCGCGCUAUCGCUGGAGGUCUUCGACUUCAGCACCGCCGGCUGCAUCAACCGGUUGGUCGAGAAAGCCGUCGAUUGCUGGGGCGUUGAGAGUCUUGAGGUUGUGGCCAAUUCGACGGGGCCGCUGGCGUAUCCGCAUCGGGUCUACAGAUUCCCCCGUGGUCGCAUCAGCAGGAAGCCCGGGGAGUCCCGCCUACGAAGCCUGAAGCUCGGCAAUUGCUUGCCCCGCUCUCUCCCGAAGCUCGAGAGCCUCACUGUCUUGGAAGCCGACGUUCUGUUGUGCUCUGACGCAGCCCCGUGCCUUGCGCAUGUGAGCUUCCACUUCUCUGUUCAAUCACUGAACUACCCGUUCACGCUGUUCCUCAAAGAUGCCAUCACCAUGAGGGAUCUCGUGCUGCGGCUUACUGGGCCAGAGAUGUGGAUUCUGCCUACUGAGAAUCCUUUUUCUCGGAUGCCCAAUCUGAAGAAGCUGCUUGUUGCGGAUGUGCCUUCCUCCUGGGAUGUCUCAUGGCCUCACAUCCUCAUCCAGGAAGCACCACUGCUUGAGACGCUUCAUGUCCAUGUCUCCCAAUGCCAAGAGGAGGAGCCAGGUCAAAAUAUCUCCUACUUGCAGCCCUCGGCUUCUCAGCAACCCCAACAUUUGAAGUCUAUUUUGUCGAAAUCGACACAUUUGAAGGAGCUGGUGGUCAUUGGCUUUCAGAGGACCAAAAUACAACUAAUUCACCUUGUGAGGUUCAUCGUGGAUACUUCAACGGCGCUGCGCCGUGUUACUCUGUUCAAGCAUGGUCAUGUUGAGGACAAAGGACCCUGCGACUGGGAGAUGGUGAGCCAGCAAAGCACGUGGAGCAACGAGGAGAAACUCGCUGUCCUGGAUGGGAUUUGCUGUCCGACAGACCAAAUAGAAGUGAUUCUAGGUUGAAUUUAAUGUGUCUCCUGUAUAUGACUUAAAUUAUGAUGCGUGAUUCUAGGCUUGAUGUAUGUUCU